CAGCAGGGCAGGCACGCUCUCCCCCUCCCGCCGCGAUCGGCCCGGCUCACAGCGUUUGUCUUUGGCAGCAGCCAGCGCCCACCUCAGGAUCCAGCGCCCGCGGAAGAAGCCUCGGGAGCCAUGCCCCGCACCGCCGCAGUCCUCGCAGGCAGCGCCGCAGCCGUCGGCGCCUGCCACCUCGCGGCCCGGUCGUUCGUGCCCGCGGCCCCUGGGGCGUUGGCGGCCCGCGGCGUGGCGCCGGCGCAGGCCUCCCAGCUCGCCAGCAGCGCUGCCUCCCCGCCCGAGGCCUCCGCCCUGCCCGCGGCGGCGCUGCUGGGCCUCGCCGGCGCCGCCGCGGCGUCCGCCGCGCGCGGGCGCACCGCGCGCCGCGCCGAGCCCGUGUCGGCAGCAGCGGCCGGGGCGGCGGCGGCGAAGGCCGCCGCCGCGGCGGGCGCGGCGAAGACGGCGGGGGCGGUGGCCGGCUCCGCGGGCGCCGGGAGCUUGGCCACCGACGGCGGGAAGGGCGCCGGGGCCAGCGCCGGCACGAGGACCUCGUGGGACCCCGCCAGCCAGAUCGGAGCCCAGCCGCCGCUGGGCUACUUCGACCCCGCGGGCUUCACCACCAACGAGUCCACGUUCCGCAAUCUGCGCGUCGCGGAGAUCAAGCACGGCCGCGUCGCGAUGAUGGCUGCUCUUGGCGCGGUGGUGCAGCACUACGUCCAAAUUCCCGGCUUCGAGGGCAUCCCCAAAGGCCUGGGUGCGGUGAACGCGUCCCCUGGCAAGGAGGGCGCCAUCGCCCUGAUCCUCAUCUGCGGUGGGCUGGAGCUGGCGGUUUGGACCGAUGACGAGAGCAAGGAGCCCGGCAACUUCGGCGACCCGCUCGGCCUCAACCAGUACACCGAGGACAUGCGCGCUCGCGAGAUCAACAACGGUCGCUUCGCCAUGUUCGCGGCGAUCGGGAUCAUCGCUGCGGAGCUCCUGACUGGCAAGGACGCUGUUGAGCAGCUCGGCUUCUGAGUGGGCGGUUUGGCCUGUCGUUCCCGAACGGGGCCCGAAUGGGCAUCGCUGUCAAUGCUUCUGCGCCUUGGCUUGCGACAAAGCUCUGGCUCCACCAAUUUUCGAUGGCCAGGCUAGCCUUCGACGAUUGCAGCAGUCGGUGAAGCAUCGCAGAUCUGGCUAGGCCAGAGUGUAUGUUUGAAAGGGCUGCUCAGAUCCGUCGCACAGCAGGUCGAUGCCUGGCCGCACCGCGUUUUCUUCCCAUCGCAACGAGUCGGUGGAACUCUUUCCAAAUUUUGCCUGCCACGCUCGCAAGCGAGUUUCCGCGAAUCUUGCGCCCUGGCAGGCCAUCAACCAUUACCACAUUCAUCGUCGAGUCUCUGCGGCGGUGGAAAAAAAAUCCCUUGUUGAGUGUUCUGGCUUGGCUGGCGCCACAGUCGCCGACGCCCUCAUGAUGCUGUGAUUGCAGAUGGCCUCAUGCGGGCGUUGCUUUCGAAAGACGAGAGAAGACCAGG